CAAUGAGCGGUUGGAACGAUCCCCAGCGUCAGGCCCAGCAGGCCUUCCAGCAAUUUCAGCGCAUGUUUGCCAACGGCGGUCGCGGCGGCGGUGCCCCCAAGGGAGCAAUUGGCGCGACCGGACUGCUUAUCGGAGCGGGUAUUUUGGCGUGGGGCGUGAACGCCGGUCUGUACAACGUCGACGGAGGCCACCGGGCUAUCAAGUACUCGCGUGUGUCGGGAGUGCAGCAGGAGAUCUACUCCGAGGGCACGCACAUCCGGAUCCCGUGGCUGGAGACGCCGAUUGUGUACGACGUGCGCGCGAAGCCGACGAGCAUCCAGUCGCUGACAGGCACCAAGGACCUGCAGAUGGUGAACAUUGUGUGCCGUGUGCUGUCGCGGCCGGACCAGGCGGCGCUGCCGGAGAUCUACCGCACGCUGGGCACUGACUACGACGAGCGUGUGCUGCCGUCGAUUAUCAACGAGGUGCUGAAGAGCGUGGUGGCUCAGUUCAAUGCGUCGCAGCUCAUCACCCAGCGCGACCGUGUGAGCCGUCUGAUCCGCGAGCAGCUGAUGCGCCGUGCGCUGCGGUUCAACAUUGUCCUGGACGACGUGUCACUGACGCACAUUACCUUCAGCCCUGAGUUUGCGUCGGCCGUCGAGGCGAAGCAGAUUGCGCAGCAGGAUGCCCAGCGCGCAGCGUUUAUUGUCGACCGAGCCCGCCAGGAGAAGCAGAGCACGAUUGUCAGGGCUGAUGGUGAGGCGCGGUCUGCCGAGCUCAUUGGCGAGGCUAUCAAGAACCAGCCGGGCUUCCUGGAGCUCCGCCGCAUCGAGACUGCUCGCGAGAUUGCCAACAUCCUGCAAAAGUCGGGCAACCGCCUGGUGCUCGAUGCCAGCUCUCUGCUGCUCAAUGUGGCCGAGCCGUCGGCCGUGGAGAACCCGAGACGAUGAAUAGCAGUGAAUAAACGCCUUAUCAAUAGCACUCACGUGAUUUAGCGCAAACGUCAUCCGCCAAGCCCAACACCCUCCCCUGAACCAACAUGGGCCUAGACAGGCAAGCACAUUCGACUCUUUUUUGUUGCUACUGCUCUAUCAAACUCCAAGUUUCAAUCGCAACACGGAAUUCGCAGAAAUGGACUACUUUGAAGCACUGAAGGCGUCGGAGCGGGUCAGCGACCCGCAGUUCCACGCGCACUCGCCUGUGCCGCCGCCGCGGGGCAACAACGUCGGCGAGAUAAUAAAGUACAUCAAGGCGACGUGCGACGACCUGUACUUUAGCAGCGAGAGCGACGAGCCGGUGGAGCUAUUCCAGCUGUCGGCCACGGGUCUGCAAAGCAUGGAGGCCGAC